GAGGAGGGUCUGGGGAACCCUGAGGGGACCAUGGUCAUGGAGGACAACCAGACUACACCUCCUCCUGAAGCCACAGAGGAACCAGCUGAGCAGCACAGGACCACAUACGGUCUCACUGAGUCAGUAGACAUGGAGGAUGGGAAGCCUGAUCUGCUGCUGGUCAAAGAGGAGACAAUAGAAGACGGACCAGAGAGCAUUGACCUGCUGAGUGGAAUAAAGAUGGGGGAGCAAGGUGAUUGGCUGGAGGCUAACAGAGGAGACUGGGCGACGAUCUUGGAUUCCAAGACAGGUGCAGCCAAGGGCCCGGUGGACAACAUCACCGAGCAGGCCAGGACCACAGGCGACAUAGUGGAUGUCAGUGGAAGGGACAGCGUCCUCAACUCUGGGCUGGUGAACAACACUGUUAACCACAACCAGAAACAGACAUUCGAACACAAAACAACAACCGAUCAUAGUCUCCAUGACAACAGACUGGCUGAGACCAGGGUGAGGAUUAGAUUUGGUCUGCGGGGACAGGGAGGUGUCGGUAUGCGGCGGGAGAGAACACACACAGACUCGGGUAGCGAUGCUCCAUCCUGCUCCUAUAGUUGUGAUUCAGAGAGACUGAUGGUGCCUCAGGUUAACCCUCCAACAGGUGCUGCCUUCAGCCUGCCUUCUAUAGGAUCUAUCAACUGGAACAUGGACCCUGCCACAACACAGACACUCCCUGGCCUUCGACCUCCUCACACUCUCCUUAUGUUAAACCAGACCUCAGACAAUGCCAGUGCCUCAACACUAAAUAGCUACACAAGCCCAUUGACAAAUGACAUUAGUUGUGACACUAUCAGCAGAUCUGGUGGCAAAGAGAAGCGCUUCCCGUGUUCGUUCUGUGGGAAAGUCUUCAGUUUCCCCAAACAGGUGGAGAUUCACCAGAGGAUGCACACGGGGGAGAAACCGUUCGGCUGCCACCUGUGCCGGGCCAGUUUCUCACACUCGUCCAGCCUGAAGAGGCACCAGAGGGUCCACACAGGGGAGAAACCCUACAGCUGUCCGCAGUGUGAGAAGAGGUUCUCCCACCAGCACCAGCUGAAGAGGCACCUGAAGGUUCACACAGGAGAGAGGCCAUUCACCUGUACGCACUGCGGGAAGAGGUUCUCAGAGGGGAGAUACCUCAGGACACACCAGCAGAAAAUGCACACGGCCCAUGUACAGUGACAUGUAAUGUAAUACUAGUUAGUUUGUAGUUAAUUCUGUUGGUUUUGGAUGUAGUGGGGAACUGGAUGAGGUGAACUGAGGAAAGAAUGAGUAUGAUGAGGCAGAAUAGAUGAUAUGGUGUGACUGUGUCUGUAAAAAUGCUUCACUGAUGAAAAGUGAUAACCUUGUCCUGUUUGAUGCGUUUUUUUAUAAUGAGGAAAUAUUAGUGCCUUAAUUCAUGUUUACCUGACUAAGUAUUGAACACAUUUAUUUUGGUUAUUGAACUACAGUAGGUAUAGUGGAUUUACAUCCAGUAAUGGAAUUACAUCUUGGGUCCCUGAUCUAUACUAUACAGAAAUGUAUAAUUAUGACUAUGAAUGUCAUUUGCUUCAUGAUGAUGUACCCUCAUUAGGUACACAAAGGUAGAGAAAUAUGUAAUAUCUGUAUUUUGCAUAUUUGGGUAUUAUUCUACACACUGGCUAUUAUUGUAAUGAGCUCCGCCCCCAAACAAAAUCUUGUUUCACAAGUUUGGACAUCACAGAAGAGAACCGUACAGGACAGUAGAGUACAUUGUACUGUACUGUUCUCUAAUGUGCUCUACUGUACAAUACUUUACUGUUCUGUACUUUACUGUUGUUACAGGCUUUGGUUUUUCUAU